AUGAACGCCGCUCAACUACAAGCCAAAGCCAUCGAGCUCUCGCAGAUCAUACCGCUCCAUGGGAAUACCAUUCGAUGGGCCCGCAACCCGCAUUACGAAGACCAUCUCAUGUACACGAUUUGCCAAAGCGGCGUGAUCGACGUCGAGGACGCGCAACGCCUGUUCAGUUUGCGACCGAAUUGGUCAAGGUCGAGGACGAACGAAGCCACAGUGCUGGGGAUCGUGCUGGAAAACACCUUCGUCAGUGGGACGAUCCCCUGUCACAAGAUCGCCGAAAGUGUCAAGAGGAGGAUCAAGGCGUACGUCGUUGGGCCCCCGUCGCUCGCUCGCUCGCUGGGGCGCUCGAGGCGUGCUCCCGGCGUAUCUUGCGUACGGGAGCGCCUCGUGCAGUUCCUGUGCGACGCGACGGGACAAGACCGCAAUCGGGUUGUGCAAUCACUGUGCGCUGAUUAAUUGGCGACUUUAUCGUUCAUUUGUGCACAGUCGCACGACAGAGUACUUGGAGCGAACCGAAAUGUCGCGAGUCGAUGGAGAACGAUGGAGUGAGUGUCUGUCCCGCCAAAGAUCCAACCCGGGGAAUCUCUGGUUCGCGUGCAUGUACGACCUGCUGCAGGACCAUGCCGAGUUCGACAUAUCGAAACAGAUACCGGGCAUCGUGUUCCGUAACAUGCAGCGGGAACGGCAACAAGAUCGAGAAGUGGGGGCGGAGGCCCUCGAGGAGCGCGAGAUGAUCCGGUCUACGAUGAAGGCCGAAUUGGAGCAUGAUCUGAAACAAGAUCAGGUACAAGCGAGACGGGAGAUGGCCGAGCUACGUCGCGCGGUCGAGGAUAUAGAACGAGCUCGACUGGGCGAGGCCCAGUUGCAGCACCACCGAGCUCGCCGUGGUCGAGCGGAACAGCGGCGAGCGCCUUCUCCACCACCCGCCGCCCCUGCUCAGGCUCCUCAACCCGCGCAGGUUCCGGCCGGCAACGUUGUCCCUGACAAUGCUCCUGCUGUCGCUGCCGACCGCGUGCGUGCUCGGCCGAUCGACCAUAAUGAUCCACCCGUCCAGCAAGAGGAGGGCUGGAUCGAAUGCGGCAUUUGUCACACCGUUUUACCCGAUGACGGUGAGGCCAUGGCUGAACACCUCUCGACAUGUCUGGGGACGACCGAGGGAACGACGAUGGGGUCGUGUCCGAUCUGUGAUGAAGCAUUUGCCUCGUCCAUGUCGACGGUGGCUCGGGAACAGCAUGUUCAAGCUUGCUGCGACGGUGGGCCUGCGCUCAAGGGUUUGGGCCGCGAACACGCGAGUGAGUCACCUCCUUCUCAUCAUGAAGCUAUACUCUAUCUAUCGAUAUUGACACAAGUUUGUUACAUCCUUUAGUUUUCGCCGCUACCUCCGAAACGAUACCCCGCGAUUCAACGACGAAGCAACCCCAAGAAUGCAUCAUCUGUCUCGAAGACUUUGAGAUCGGCGAAGACCUUGUCCGCCUCUCGUGCUACUGCGUCAUGCAUUCGGACUGCAUCGAAGAGUACUGGGAACGACCGGGGACGUUCUGUCCGACCCAUCGGGACGAUCAACCGGGUCAGAAGGCUUGA